AUGCACCUGAAUGACGAAAUAGCCACUUCCACCCAAGAAACGUGUCGUCUAUUCGCAGAAAAAUUCUCCAGCGUAUUUAACAAUGAAACUGUAAGUGAUAACCAAGCCACCCUCGCUGCUAGGAACGUGCCAUUGGUUGGACAAACGCUUGGUACAUUUGAUGUGGAUGCUGAUGCAAUUUCCAAGGCUGCAUCUCAACUGAAAUCAUCGAACAGUCCCGGUCCGGAUGGGAUUCCAGCAUCGUUCUUGAAGAAAAAUAUCUCCUGCUUAUUAGUACCGCUCCAUCAGCGCUUGUUUCGUUCGUCUUUAUUCAGCGGCGCAUUUGCAUCCUGCUGGAAACACGCCCACAUGUUUCCUGUACACAAAAAAGGCAGUAAGCGCGACGUUAACAAUUACCGAGGCAUAACUUCGCUGAGUGCGUUGUCGAAGCUCUUCGAGCUGAUUAUCAUGGAACCAUUGCUCUCGCAUUGCAAACAACACCUCUGCUCAGAUCAGCACGGUUGUACUGCUGGACGUUAUGAUUGA